AUGACAUCUACUGAGGUGGCUCACGGAAUACCGGAGUUGUUAUAUCACACAACUCUCACUGUCAUCGACUACAAAGAUGAUACAUCCGGCUCGACGCGGACAGUAUAUGUCCUUGGAACACAUAGUACACUCCCGGCAGCCAAAACAUUCGCCAAAUCUGCGCUCCACGGACUAGGAUAUGAACCGGAUGACUUCACGACCUACGCAGUCCGCGGAACACAGGAGGAAAGCGAGUGGCCUCACGGCGAUGGCGUGCUCGUCUAUGCAAAGGCGCCUGCGGGCCAUGAAUUCCUUGUUGGCAUACAGGCGACAUCGAACAACGAGGAGCUUGGGGCUACGCCGGAGGGCGGUGUCUUCUUAGCCCCCGAGGCCACUCUGCAUUACGUGCUCCAGACUACCGUUGACUACAACAGGGACCGGGCUGGUGCCGCGCAGAGUACACAAGUAGAAGGAAGCUACGAGCACCGGGCGGACGCGAUUAAUGCUGCCAAGCAGUCUCUUAUAGGCGAGGAGAUCCAAAAGUCAGACUUCGCACAGUACGAUGAGCGCGAUAGCAUCGAGGAGGACAGCGAUUGGCCUUUUGGCGACGACGUCCUGGUACAUGCUGUUGCUCAGACAGGGGAGAACUACACCGUGGCUGUGAGGACGGUCCCCGGUGCUCACAAGAAGCAUGCAAAGCAUUCGAGUAAUUGA